AGCCUGAGACACAGGAAAAACACUGUAGAAGACAGGGCUGACAUAGGACAGUAUUGUAAGCUAUAGACAGGAAGAGAUACUUCACGGCUGGUAAACAGAGACACGCAGAGUGAAAGUAACAGAGAGACAGACAGGGAGAGAAUGUAAACACGGAGACAGCUAAGAAACACCUCCAAGAAAAGACAAAAAACUUCCAGGUUGCAUUACUCAACAUGAGGUCACCUCAUCAAUCACAUGUCUUGGGUACCUUGUUACUUCUUUUCUGCGGAAUCCGAAUCUCCAGCUCAUUAAUUUAUGCGUACUCAGAACGGAAUACCACUGCACCUCAGAUGUUUGAUGAUCUUCCUGCUUUAUUUGGGCCUCCUUUACCACUGGAAGGACUGAGGGGUUUUAUAGUACAAGCAAAGCCCCAGAAUGCCUGCAUACCCAUUGCUCCACCUCCUAUAAUGGACAACAGGACUGUGUUCAUUGCCCUUAUCCGUAGAUUUGACUGCAAUUUUGAUGUCAAGGUCCUCAAUGCCCAGCUGUCUGGAUUUCAUGCUGCUAUUGUUCACAACGUUGACUCUGAGAAGCUGCUAAACAUGGUCUGGAAUGAUGAAAAAAUCAGGAAACUGAUAACUAUUCCUUCAGUGUUUGCUGGUGAAUCCACCGGGGAAAGUCUCAGAUCAUUUUUCUCCUACUAUGAGAACGCUCAUGUCUUCCUGGUUCCAGAAUACUACAUCUCGCUAGGAUACUAUCUCAUUCCAUUUAUAGUGGUUGUGGUUGUCGUGAUCCUAGUUAUGUGCAUUGUGAUGAUUGUGCGCUGUGUACAGCAUAGGAAACAUCUUCGUAGAAAUCGCCUUUCCAAGGAGCAGCUAAAGAAAAUCCCGAUACAUAAAUUUAAGAAAGGUGAUGAAUACGAUGUAUGUGCCAUCUGCCUGGAAGAAUAUGAAGAGGGUGAGAAAUUACGAGUCCUGCCCUGUUCUCAUGCAUACCAUUGUUCUUGUGUGGAUCCGUGGCUCACAAAGACUAAGAAGAGCUGUCCAGUUUGCAAACACAGAGUUCUUCGAUCAAAUAAUGAUUCAGAUUCUGAGAGCGGAGGGGAUACAGUUGAGGGUGACCAAGGAGAUGAGAGUGAAAAUGAGAGAACCCCCCUUCUGCGUCCUUCACCAUCCUUUGGUAGCAUGGCUGAGUCCCCCCCAGCUCAGCAAGUGGAAGAGGUGGCAACUCCUAGCUCAGCACUUAUUGUUUGAAAGGAAUAUAACUUCCCCGUCCUAUUUUCCUUGGUCAGACUAGUCUCCCAAAAUCCUUUACCUAUACGAUGUUUAAACCUCAAAUUCAAUUUGAGUGCCUGAUUGGUCUCCUCCUUUCAACCAUUUAAGUGAUCCUGUCUGAUAAUCCUUUGUUGAGGGAAACCGAUUACCUUACAUAAUUUUGUUUGUAUGUUUUUCCUGAUUAUAUAUUAGUUCUCAGCCUUAAUCAUUUGGCUUUUUUGUGUCCUCAAGUAAUUAUUUGAAAUGUGACUGGUUCCUUCUCAUGAUCCUUGUUUUAUACUGGCCAAGCUUCUGUCUGAUAUUUUUAAUGGAUGGUUAUCAUGAAGAUGACAAUAGCUCUAAUACAGGCUGGGGGAGAAAUAAGCAAUUUAUAUGUGCUGGACAAGUGCUGUCACAGUUCAGAGACUGGUUGGAUUAAGAAGAGUCUGAAAUUACGACUGGCAAAUUGGUUGGAUUGUGGCUAUCCCCUUCUGUGUUUUGUAUAAUUACAUAUGUAAUUAAUACGUAUCUAAUUACCCUGUACAGGUUUUAUAUAAACAGUAUUUCCUAACAAAAUAUGUUUCUUUUUUUUUAUUUUCCAGCUGUUUAAACCGAUAAACUGUAUUAAAUAUAUUAUAUGCAA